UGCUGAACCAGCGCGGACCAGAAGUCUCGCGGGCGCGCCGGCGGCGGAGCCGUUACCGCAGCGCACCGGAAGUGGCUGGGGGCCGGUGUCCGGGCGGCGCCCGCAGUGAGCAAGCUUCCCUCCGGCCGGCGACGCCAUGGAGCCCGGGGCGGCGGAGCUGUACGACCAGGCCCUGCUGGGCAUCCUGCAGCACGUGGGCAACGUCCAGGACUUCCUGCGCGUCCUCUUCGGCUUUCUUUACCGCAAGACCGACUUCUACCGCCUGCUGCGCCACCCGUCAGACCGUAUGGGCUUCCCGCCGGGGGCCGCGCAGGCGCUGGUGCUGCAGGUAUUCAAAACUUUUGACCACAUGGCCCGUCAGGAUGAUGAAAAGCGGAGAAAGGAGCUGGAGGAGAAAGUCGGGAGAAAGGAGGAAGAGGAGGCCGUGGCUGCGGCAGUUGUGGCAGCUGAGCAGGAGCCAGCCCCAGCCCCAGCCCCAGCCCAGGAGGUGGAGAUCGACUCCGCCGUAGACUCUGCCGGGCCUCAGGGACCUCCAGGCCUGCGGAGCGUUGUGCAGGAGGUGGCCCAGGGCUCGGGGGAGGCAGAGCCGCCAGGAGCAGAUGCUGGUGCUGCUCAAGUCCCAAGGGAACCAACAGCUCUUACCAAGAGACAGGAGCAGUUCCAGAGAAACCCCGACAGCUACAACGGUGCUGUGCGUGAGAACUACACCUGGUCGCAGGACUACACUGACCUGGAGCUCAAGGUGCCAGUGCCCAAGCACGUGGUGAAGGGCAGACAGGUCUCAGUGGCUCUCCGCAGCAGCUCCAUCCGGGUGGCUGUGCUGGAGGAAAAUGGGGAGCGCGUCCUCAUGGAAGGGAAGUUCACGCACAAGAUCAACACUGAGAGCUCUCUCUGGAGCCUUGAGCCUGGGAAGUGCGUUUUGGUGAGCCUAAGCAAGGCUGGCGAGUACUGGUGGAGCGCCAUCCUGGAGGGGGAGGAGCAUAUCGACAUUGACCAGAUCAACAAGGAACGCUCCAUGGCCACAGUGGACGAGGAGGAGCAUGCCGUGCUGGACAGGCUCACCUUCGACUACCACCAGAAGCUGCAGGGCAAGCCACAGAGCCAUGAGCUGAAAGUCCAUGAGAUGCUGCAGAAGGGGUGGGACGCUGAAGGCUCUCCCUUCCGAGGCCAGCGAUUCGACCCAGCCAUGUUCAACAUCUCCCCAGGGGCUGUGCAGUUUUAAAACUGAAGGAAAGGAAGCCCUCGCCGGUGGGGAGCGGGCCUGGGCUCUCUCCUGCCAGGGCCUCGCUGUCUGGUUCGCCCUCGCCAGCGUGUCUUUCGAGGGUGAACCUGGCCUCUGCCCUGACCCUGCACUUCCAGACUGUUCCAGAGCAGGGUGGGCUGAGAGGGUGUUGGAGAGCAGGGGCCGUCCCAGCAGACACAGCUCUGGCCUCUGCUGCCCCCGUCACCCGAGCUCUGCCGGCUGCUGUUCGCGCUUUGCUUGCUUUUCUUGUUCCGGGGGCGGGGCACGGGCGCCAGGCCGGCUGUUGAAGCUGGGCAGAGGGGCUGCGCUUCUGGGCAGUUUGAGGAACGUUCAGUCUUGACCUCUUGC